AAUUUUUGUGGUGCCAUAUGGCAGCAGAGUCUACCAUUAGACAAUACUUAUGCUGCCAAUAUCUUCCCAGGUGGUAGUACCUCCAUGUUUGGUAGCUGCCUACUACCCAUGGUUCUGGGUUCCCAAUAAAUUUAUUUAUGAACAUGAUCUAGGAAUGUAACUUGGAAUACUGUACUGUACUGUAUGUCUUUCCAUAGUGUUUGCUGUUUUUAUUAUUAUCAUCUUGUAUUCCACCUGCAUCCCCGCAGAAGAUGAAGUAUUUUCAUCAUCCAAGAGGUUGUCCACUUGUAACACAGGAAGCAACAUCAAUAAUCAAAGCCCUCUUGAAACACCCCCAAGGAGGGGCAGAGCUGCAUCUCGGCUCGCUCACGAGAAAAUGAAAAGGGUACCUAUGACAACAAAAAAGACAAGAGGAACAUGUCAGGUUAUUUUCAAGGGAGACUCCUUUGAAAGCAGCUCCAGUUAUAAAGAAGAAGUAAAAGGAGCAGACUCUGGUCAUGGGGAAAAUUGUGAGUCUCAUUUUGAAGAGAUGGAAUAUGAAUCAACUGUUGAUCCUUGUGAAUCAGCUGUUAAUCCUUUAGCACUAGACACACCAAGUAAGAAGAAUGAUGGUGUAAAAUGUCUAAGUGUUAAAGUCAGUCUUGAAAGAUUAUCUCAUUUACACACAUCUCAAGAAGUAGAUAGUUCAAAAGAUACAACACAAGUUACUGUUACAAAUGCAUAUCAGGAGGAAGGUGUAGGUUGUAUUAGUGAAACAACUUGUUCAUACUCUAACCUCAGGUUAGAAGACAGCGACGAUAACAAAAGCACCAGAAUAAAGGAACUGGAUGUUCAGAGAUCAGGGAAUGAGAUGUGUAAAGGCAAAGAAAAAGAAGAGCCUUUAUCUCCCAAUAAUUGUACUGAAAAUGCAUGUACAAAAUGUGAGAAUUAUGACGAGUGUAAUUCUCAAUCCAGAACCCCUGAAGAAGUUAGGAUUUUGCCAGAGCAAACAGAAAAACUUGUUACAACCAAUACCAAGUGGUCGAACCACUCGAACAAAACAAAAGGAAUUGCAGUUAUCAACACGAGGAGAUAUAACAGAUAAUAUGGUAAGCACAGCAGAUCAGCCUCAUCCCAUUCCCAAACCAAGAUUAACUCGUACAAAGCAAAAGGAGGUCUUACCAUUGCUCAAUACAAUUGAUGAAUCAGAAGGUCAGUUGUUACCACCCAUGGACUUUCCAAAACCAAGAAUGACUCGCACAAAGACUAAGGCAAAAGAACAGACUAACAAAUUUGAAAAUGUGGAAUAUGAUUCACAGUCUUCAGUAGAGGAGGGGUAUAAUACCCAUGAGAAAGCUGUUGCACAGCCAUCUGAGGAAAUCCCAAUGUCUCGUUCUACUCGUACAAAGAAAAAGGUGAUAGAGGUAAUUUCCUUAACUGACACUCCAGUCAAGAAUGACAUUAAUAAAUCAGUAGACAAUGAAUCACAAAAACCAAGGACAACAAGAACAAAGAAACGAAUGUUUGACGAGUUAGGUGUAGAUCAGCCUACUAGAUCUACAAGGACAAAGUGUAAGAAAAUGGAAGAACAACCUGAAAAAGAAUCUGUGGCUUCAGAAAAACUUGGUCUAUGUUUAUUUCUUACUGAAUCUGAAGAUGAGAAAGACGGCAAAUCAUCUCAGGUUGUACAGAAAUCACCACUUGUUAGGUCUGUUCCAUCAGUAACAUCUAUGAAGCCAUCACAAUCAGCGACCUCCUAUACCUCUGAGAAUACUGUAAUGGCUGCUACAUCUACUCAGAACACAGAAAUUGGGCCGGUUCGCCGGAUAAUCGAUCUAAGGUGCGCCAGUUGCCAGCUUUAUUAUUAAGCCCUUGUCCAUCGUCGUCAACUGUCCAAGUUGUAACUCCAGGUAGUCCAGUACACACUAGUUUUAAGCGUGCUUGCUGUACACCAAAUUCAGACAAGGACUCUCCAAUGUCUUCUACUGUACGCCAGAAGGGGACACGCGCGAUGACCCCUGUAAAACAUUCUCCACGAACAUUUGCUGGCUCAAAAACAGGCUGUACUGUACGAGAAUUGGCAACUGCAUAUCAGAAUCACAUUGGAGAAACCCUUAAUGAGGUUGAAGAGCUAACUUCUGAGGAGUGUGAGGUAACACACUCCCCAGCUCAUGUAACACGACAUGCACGAGUUAGACAUGCAAAGCUUUCAAUCAGUCCUGACCCAAAAGGAGGUGAGUUUCUGAUAGUAAUCAUUGAAAUUUGUAAAUGGCUUCAUUAUGUGUGUUAUGUUUUUGUGUAUUUCGAGUGUUUCUGGCAUGACCAUUUUGUUCUUGAGGUUUCUGUUUCCCUUGAUAUGCCCUAUGUAUACAGUAUAGGAGCAGAGAAUAGAAAAUUACAAAAUGUAGAUAGAAUAAUAGUGUAAAUUACAUAAAAUGUACUAUUUAACAUUAAUGAAGAACUUAUUACUGUACUGUUACGAUUAUAUAUUCAUUUCUAGAAGCCUCAAAUGUUCCU